AUGUCCUAUGACGCUGCCUCACAGAAGGCAUCUCGUCUCAGAGGACAGCACGAUGCAGAAGGUGGCCAGCAGCAUGACAGAAUAUCGUCCGCGGACAAUACACCCGACACAACCAUGGACGAGAUCACGGUGACCCAGCGAAUGGUUUCUGCCACUGUUGGCAGUCUCUUAACCUCCCUCCUCGUCACUCCGCUCGAUGUUGUUCGAGUCAGAUUACAGUCGCAAAGCCCCGCUCAGCCACCACCUCUUAACCUUUCACGAUUCUCUGCAUACGGAGCUGAUUUCGCAAAGCUACCGCCAGAUUUAGGCUUGAAAGCAUGUUGUAAAGAGGUCUUCUUCGUGGGGGACAACGGACAAUUUUGUCUAGCAGGUAACGGAUCGGCCAGCGCAGGUUCGGUCGCCACAGAUUGUGCAGUGGAAGAGACAGAACGACGUACCAUAAACUCCACCUUUGAUGGUCUACGAAAGAUUGCGCGUAAUGAAGGACCUCUCACUCUGUGGAGGGGACUUACGCCGACUUUGGUUAUGGCUAUUCCAGCCAAUGUCAUCUAUUUCACUGGCUAUGACUGGUUGCGCUACAAUCAAAGAAGUCCUGUUCGGACCAUAUUCAACGACACUUAUAACCCUCUUAUCUCGGGGUCUUUCGCACGCAUCUUGGCUGCCGUGGUUGUUUCGCCUGUUGAAAUGUUCAGAACAAGGAUACAAUCUGCUCAAGGAGGUACAACAGGAGUGUUCAAGGAGACACUAGUUGGAAUGCACAAAAUGACACAAUCGCAGGGAUAUACUUCACUAUGGCGUGGAUUGACCUUGACAAUGUGGAGAGAUGUCCCAUUCUCUGCACUAUAUUGGUGGGGCUAUGAGAGUCUGCGCAAUACGUUACGUUCAGUCAGAGGCAGCACGACUCAUGGCAUGAUCUCCACUCCGCUUCAGGCUCAGCAGCAACAGAGGGAGGAAACACAUAUGCAGACCUUCGUGGAUAGCUUCCUGGCCGGCUCCAUUGCGGGUGCCGCUGCUGCCUUCGUUACUACACCAUUUGAUGUGGGCAAGACACGCCAGCAAGUCUAUCGACAUGCAGGUGACGACGCCCCUUCGGCUAUUCAGGCUGCUAAAGAAGCUGCAAAAGCUGGCAAGCUCGUACCUGAAGAACUUUCUAUGCCCAGAUUUCUAUAUCACAUUAUGAAAGAGGAAGGUGCAAGCGGACUCUUCAAGGGAUGGAUACCACGAUGUCUCAAGGUUGCACCUGCCUGUGCUAUUAUGAUCAGUUCCUAUGAGCUCGGGAAGCGUUGGGCCAGAGUUGCAAACAGCAAGAAAGAAGAGACUAUUCAAUCGCAGGAGAUAUGA